AUGAGUGAUUCAGUGGAGCCCCCCGAGGGUUUGAAGGAGGUCGAAGCUGACCUGCCAUCAGCGCAAGCUGCGAUGCUCGCGGGAGUGGCCGACGUGCUCACACUGCAGGCGACUGGGUACGGACCCUUGGCCCUUGACCUCCCACGCUGCAGUUAUCAUGUUAACCUAGCCGAUUCAGCGUCAGGAUGCACCUACGAGUAUCAGCGGAAAAAGCCUGGUCUCAAAGGCGGUGCUGUCGAAGCUCUGAGUCGGCGUGUUGAGAUACUGGAGAACGCCGUCUUUAACAACUCAAAUGCGCCCAUGACGGUGCCACCAUCAGCAGGUCAGCCUGAGGCUCUGCACUCUCACGCUGCAUCUGGUGACCCCCAAGCACUAGGCGGAAUUCUCUCCAUUUUAACCAGAGAGAUUCAGCAACUAAACUCCAACCUGGCUACUCCAUCUACCAGAGGCGGCCCGAUUGCGACACCUUCAGCGUCUAGUAUACAUGGCUCGGCUCAAGAGGAAGAGCCGGAUUCUACAACAGAACGCCCAAGGAAAAGAACCCGCCUUAACUCAUUUGCCCAGAUAGACGAGGCAGAAAAUCACGGUGUCGCCCAUCGGACAGCCCUGUCACGUCCUGAUGUUAUAGAGGAGCUGCUAGACGCCUACUUUGAAAACAUUCACCCGUGGGUUCCCAUACUUCACGAGACACGGUUCCGACACAGACUCGCCGACAGCAAGCAUCGCGACCAAAGCUUUAUUAUUCUUCACGCUAUUCUUGUUGCAGCUCUGAGACUGGUCGACAUCACGAAGCCUUGUGUUUCGAUCCUGGAUAUUCAUAUGGAAGAAAGGAGAUCUAGGAAUUACGUUCUCCUUAAUGGCAUGAGCGACUUGACUCUGGAGAACCUCCAGGCCCUGGUGAUAAUUGCUUUUAUUGAUAUUGGCCAAGGUGAAACAUCCAAGGCUUGGUCAACGAUUGGAUCUCUCGCCAGAACUGCUCAGUAUCUGCAUUUAAGUGUCGAGGAGACCGACUUUGCCGAACCAGCUGCCUUGCUCUCGAACCUGCCACGCUUACCACCCCCUGAGAACUGGAUAGAGGAGGAGGAGAGGAGACGGCUUUUCUGGAAUGUGUUUCUCCUUGAUAGGUGUGGACCCCCUUUCCGAGAACCAGCUGCUGGUUUCGCUGAUGAUAGUUACAGCUGGAACGUCAGCCUUACUGCGGACGACGUCUGCCGACGCCUGCCUAUUGACGGCGGCUUGUGGAAGAGGAACCAACCAGCGUUGACGCCAUAUCUCGGCAUCUGGGAUCACUCAGCAGCCAAGAUUGGACACACCAUCACUUUCCUUCCAUCAAAGUACGAGAUCCCUGGAAGCGCCGCCGAGUCAGGCACCGCAGCCGGCAGUGGUGCCACCAAUGAAUCAGGUCCUCAUCAAGGCAACUCCGCUGCGUCGGUCGAGAGGCUCAAGAUCGGCGCCUUCGCCUACUACGUCGAGUCGGUCGAGUCGCUUAGUCGCAUCAACACCUACUUUGUGCAACAGAAGAUCGACUUUACCAAUCGACAAGAGGUCUUUAGCUGGCUGACUCGAUUCAAGGAGCUGGAUCUUCGUCUGGUGCACUGGAAAAUGUUCCUCCCGCAAAAGUGGAAGAAUCCGAGCGAUAACCCCAUUCCAGCCAUAACCACAGCCAUGGACCCCAACAUGACUCUGGCACACCUCACGCACAACAUGUCUUCCAUCUUACUGCAUCAAAGGAUAGCGUAUCCAAGCAAGGAGCUUAGGCAUCUGAAGCUCCCAAACGCCUGCAGCGCAGAUACUUGCUACGUCGCUGCGACCGAGACGGCCAAUAUCACUACCAAGUACUUGGAUCAUGCGGUUACCCGGCGAGUUCUGGCGCCACAUUUCGCCAUCUGCGUCUUUGUCAGUGCAAAAGUGCUACUAGUACAUUCUCUACACUACGAGGUGGAGCUCGCAUCAGAAUUCUGGACUCUUGUAGAGAGUCUUGAAAGCAUGAGCUCAAAGUGGAAGGGUCGCUCGGACAAGUCUAGAAACGAGCCGGUUCCCUUGGCCGGCUCUCUAGCGACGCAGCUCAGGCAGCUUCACGACCUUUGCCAAAAGGAUGUGGCAAACAGUCCUCCCUCCUUCUUUGGACAGGUGCCUCAGGGGUUUGGAAAUGAAGCGAGCGCGAUGCAAGCUGUCGAGACUCCAGUGAGAUUCCACCGGGCCGUGGACGGGAAUGGUGACCAUGGCGAUGCGCCUCUGGUCUCUGGGGGCCCAGUGGUCGGAGAAGCUACCCCUUACUGGGAGCCGAUGAUGUUGACUGUCCAAGGAGAUGAGACGAGUCAGCUUGAUAAGCCCCCAUCCACCAUUGAAGUGAGCAAAGACAGUGACCAGUCUCUAUCUGUACGGGGACAUCUUCAAGCUCCAGCCAUCGAGGCAGCAGCGGUCGACGAGCUCGCUCUCAUUUCUCAGGGCUUGAUGGAUCGGAGCUUUCUAGAAAUGAACCGCAUCAUCAACUUUGACGAUUUCAUGUUCAUCACUGAUCCUGUGGACUUUUCAGGUGUGACCGGGCUGUGA